AUUUCAUCAUCAGCAUCCAAAAGUCUUGGACCUACGACGUCGCCGAUUACUUACAACUUAACAUUGGAGCCAAUUCAAAGUAAGGGGUAUGGUGUCUAUCUGGGCCGAUCCUUUCUUAUCUCUUGAGAUUAUACGUAUAUCGUAUCUCGCUGUCUCUUAAUACUUAAUCUCAUCGUCUUCCUUCCACCAGCCUCAAGUCGUCAUCUAAUAUACAGAUGCGACGCCCAACUGCCGAGUCGCCCCGAAGGACAGAAAGAAAUAGACACAUCUGUCUGUCUUCAUGUACCCCUCCGACCAUGAUUCACCGGCGGGGGGUGGAUCACUCCCUGCAUCCCCCGUAGCUGCCGCAUCCUCGACCUCGAAUCUAAAGAUCCAAAAGUCGCGCCAUACUCUUAACGAUGUCUCAUCAUCCGCCCUUUUCCAGUCCGAAGCCACGCUACCUUACCGAAGAUCUCAUCCAUCCGCCGCUUCUCUCUAUGCCUCCACCUUAUCACCUCCCGCUUCCCGCUCUCAGUCCCCGAUCGGCCGUCCGGCGUCACGGCUAGCUGCGGGUUCCGUCUUUGGCGCAGCCUCGAAUAAUGCGCUUGGGCUCGUCUCUGGCGCUGGCGAUAGUCCGGGCGAUCCACUCAAUCUCAUACUAAGAGCAUUCGUGCCGCAUGUUGCAGUCUACACUUCCGACGAUACCGAUGUUCUGUUGAAGGAGAAAGGGUUUGGGCGUGGCCUGUGGGAAUUACUCCGACCUUUUGGGGAGCGCGUACAAGGGAAGGUCAUAAUACGAGACAGCAAUGGUUCUAGUAGGACAUAUGAGGAUUACUCGAUACACUUUGUACAAUUCGGGGAGGGUAUAGUGCCUCCAGAACCGGUAACAACUGGCUUAAGAUCUGCGCAAACCCCGAGAGCAAACGGCGUUUCCGAAAAGUCUGGUGAGCCCGGAAGGGGACAACCGAGACAUGGGAUUGCGAUAUCAGAUGUUGAAGCUGUCGUGGAUCGGCACUUGAGAUAUGCCGAAGAAUCGUUCUUCAGUUUACCCCAGAACCUUAACAAUCAUGGGUUGGACAUUGAUGUUCCUUCACCAUAUUAUGCUUUAUAUCUGCGGAGAUUACUGUCGGGUUUGCCACUGACGCCGCAUGAGACGUUCGCUCAUCCAGUUGCGUGCGUUAUUGCGAUAAGUUCUCGAAAUCCAACUCCAAUUGAGACACUUCGGCGACUAUAUAACGAGUCCAGUGUCGGAGAUAAGCGGCUACCCAAUUGGGUCGAUGCUGAAUUCCUGAGGUACUAUGUUCUAGUCCACGAAGAGGAAAGAGAUGAUAUCACAAGGUCUAUGGCACUCUUCGACCAGAUGAAGCGAAAUCUUGGCCUACACUGCCACUUACUUCGAAUAAGAGGCACUCAAAGUGUGGCUACUGAUGAUGAUAGUAUACCACUCCCUCGGAGUGAAUGGAUGUCUGCAUCAGAGGAAUUGGUAGAUAUUAGAAGGAGUGAAGACCAAGAAGAUUUCGAAGACCCGACGAGAUACAUAUUUGAAUCAGAUGCGACUGCGAUACGAACUUUUAUCCGCGAAAUGGUAACACAAUCCAUAAUACCCACCAUGGAGCGUCAUGUAUCAGUAUGGAAUGACCAGGUUGCUUCACGGCGGAGAGGAUUGGCUGGCCGAUUUGUCGGUUUAACGAAACGGUGGGGGUUCGGCAGCAAUUCUCGGUCAUCGUUCUCCGGUCAGAGCUCAGGGAGUAACUAUGAUUCUCACGGGUUCUACCGUCAAGAUGCGCCUGAAGCUAUAAUGCGAAAGUUGGCAGACUACGCUUUUAUGUUGCGAGAUUGGAAACUAGCACAUUCCACAUACGAACUUUUGAGAAUUGAUUUUAAUAACGAUAAGGCAUGGAGGUACCAUGCGGCGGCAAACGAAAUGUCUGCCAUUAGUCUUCUUAUUAUGCCUCAAAACCUCUCCGCCAAAUCGAGAACGGAAACGGUAGAUACCGCGUUCGAACAAGCAUUCUAUUCAUACAUAACACGCUGUAGCGCGCCAUACGGCGCAUUACGAUGUCUCGCCUUAGGUCUGGAACUUCUACGUUUACGCGGCGGUUCUAGUGUCGACGAUGCCGCGAAGUGGGGCAUUCGCCUACUCGAAAGCAAGAUCGUCGGUCCCAUAGGCGACGCCUUGAUCAAGGAACGACUAGCCGUCUGCUACGCGUCAAAACAGGGUAUGGGUACACAUCUCUGGGGCGGCCGACGGCGGAAAUCAGCACUUUGGAGUGUUCUCGGUGCCGAGGCUUGGCUCGCGCAGUCAAAGUACAUACAAGCGCAAAGGUGUCUUAACGAGGCCCGCAAGACGUACUCAGAGCUCCCCAGCGGGAACGGUAUCGAUAAAUUCUCCUACGCGAGCGCCUUUGUGCUAGGCAUCGGAAAACAGCUUAACCAAAACCUAGAAGCGGCGGAACAGGAUGAUGACGACGAUGAAGAUGCUAGUGAUGCGAGUGAAGAUGUAGAUGAAGAGAGUGAGGCGCUGGAGGACGUUAGGGGGAGAAGAAUAAGUACAUUGGGUUUACCCGGAGGAACAGCAGGUGCGGGCCUCGAGACGGCUCCAUUGAAGGCACAGCUUGAUCGGAGCGAGGAGGAGAGGGAGAGACUGGAUAAUGGCGAGGCGAAGGAUGAUUUUGGUUAGGUGAGUUAGUUUGACCUGCCUGGUUUAGACGGCAUUAUGGCGCUUGAGCGCAAGGAGAGUGGUACGGCGUGGCAUGGCAUGGUUUGGUAUGGCAAGGCAUAUUCUAGAAGGGUUUUAACGUGACAGAGAAGUCAACUUCCAAUGUAUGAAUGGUAAUUAGGGAAAUGAAAUCCUUUUCAACGUAA